AUGGUUUUCAGCUUGUUGAAUAAAACUUUAACGGAUAUUCGUCAAUCACUACCAAAUCGAAAAUUUCCAAUUUCAUGUGCUCUGUCGAUUAGCGAGGAAUGUCUUAGCGCCAUUCAGCUAUUGCAUGGUGUUGGAUAUCUCCAUCGAGACAUAAAGCCGACAAAUUUUUGUGCGGCUCUUCAAUCCCGACAAAUCGUUCUAAUCGACUUCGGAAUGUGCCGAAAAUUUUUGGAUUCAUCCGGAAACCUUCGACAUCCCCGAUGGCAUACACAGUUUCGCGGCACACCUCGAUUCGCCAGUGUCGGUGUUCAUGAAGAUCGCGAAUCCUGCCGCCGUGACGAUUUGGAGUCGUGGUUUUACGUGGUUGUUGAAAUGAUUGUUGGCACAUUACCGUGGUUUACUAUGGAAGAUAACGCCGCUAUCUACAUGUGCAAGAAGAAAGCAAGAACUGCAGGUCUUAACGAGUUUCUAUCGGGUUGUCCAAAAGAGCUUUUGCAUAUAAUAAUGUACAUAGAUAGUAUCGCAUACUAUGACACCCCCGACUACCCCGUAAUUCGCAGCUUGCUGAGGAUUCAGUAUUUUCUGAUUAAUCUGUUCUUCCUGGAUUUCUUGAAUUCAAUUCUUCCAAAUUCGAAAAACCCCGAAAUAGGAAUAGAUUUUGAAAGAUAA